CUAAUUAAUUUGAUCGACCAAGUCGAGAGAUUAGACUAUAUAUAAGAGUAAUAACACUUUUCUUCCACCAAAAAACUCAUCAAAUUUUUUUCUAAUAUAAGAAAGCCAAACAAUAUAGGUCCGAAAAUGGAUUGGAGUUCCAUAAGUGAAAAUAUAUAUGAGAUAAACAACAUCAAAAUGAAUGUUGCCUCAGUCGGGUCAGAGUCCGAUCCGGCGAUCGUGUUCCUCCAUGGCUUUCCUGAGGUUUGGCAAUCUUGGGCCAAUCAGAUACUUUAUCUGAAUCCCAAGGGUUACCGCUGUAUAGCUCCGGAUCUCCGGGGCUAUCGAAAAACAGAAAUUGAAGUUCCCGGAGAUCCAGAGUCUUACAGCGUUGAGAACAUCAUCAAGGACAUUCUUGCCCUUAUGAAGAUUCUGAAUAUUGAUAAAAUUUUCUUGGUUGGCCAUGAUUGGGGAGCUUUCAUGGCUUGGAGCUUUUGCUUGUUACAUCCUGACAAAGUCAGAGCUGUGGUUAACCUUAGUGUGCCUUACAUUGCCAUGAACCCUGAUAAAAGUUUCUUGGAUGGGUUUAGGGAUUACUACGGGGACUUAUACUACAUGUGUAGGUUUCAGGAAAUAGGAGAGAUGGAAAAGGAGUUUGCUUCAAUGGAAACUGAACAAGUACUAAAGAUUCUUUAUUCAUCUUUUGGAUUAAAUCCUUUAAUGAUACCUGAAGAAAAAAAUGGAGGAUUCAAGAGUUUACCAAUUCCCAAAAUAUUACCAUCUUGGCUAACAAAAGAAGUCCUCGACUGCUAUACCCAACUGUUCAACCACACUGGCUUUACAGGAGGAUUGAGCUAUUAUAGAGCUAUGGACAUAUCAUGGAAGUACCUGUUAACUUCGAAAGAUGACAAAGUCAUAGUUCCAGCAAAGUUCAUAGCAGGGGAGCAAUACCAUCGCCUCCAUUUCGAAGGCAUGAAGGAUUAUAUAUUUAUCAAUGGUGGCUUCAAAAAAGAUGUGCCCUCACUUGAAGAAGUGGUAAUAAUUCAAGAUGUGCCUCACUUUGCCAACCAAGCAAAACCAGAUGAGAUUAGUGGACAGAUUCAUGAAUUUUUCAAGAAGUACAUCUGAUCGAGCUAGGAUGAUUUAUUUACCUUAUUCAUAAUGUACUAAUGUUUUUUUUUUUUUUUUUUUUAUGAAUAAGAAUCAUUUGUUGGAUUAAAAUCCUCAAUAUGGGCUCAUAUGUAUAUUAGUGUAUUGCUAUUUGAAGUUUGGCCCAAAAUAAAGUGAUCAUUUUAGUAAUUAUGGGUCAUUGGGUAUUAAAGUGUCAUGGGCUAAAUGUGUAGAUACCCUAAGCGAUAUUUCUAAUUUAUUGAGGGGCUAAAUUAGAAAUACUUAAAAUUAAUAACCUAGCUAUGAGGUUAUAAAUUGGUAGUGGUCCCCAAGAAACAAGUGCCAAUUUCUAUUCUCAU